UUUUUGCGUUGUUUGUGGUCCUCGUGGCAAAAGCCUGUAAAAGAUCUUUUAGGGCCUUGUAUCAAACAAGAAGCUUAUACAUUUAGAGAAUAGUAUAUUUUUAAAAAGGCUGUUCAUUAAACAUGUCAAUAGGCCCUAAAAUAGAGUAUUCACUAAUUGCUUGAAACUCUAAAUGCCUAGCCUGAGAUCAGGAUUCGAACUCGGAGCCAGGCCUUUAGCCUUAUGCCCGUUUUUGCCUUUAACCUUUGACUUAUGGCUUUUCUUUAGCUUUUAGUCUUUAGAUUUUAGCCUUUAGUCUUUAGUCUUUAGUCUUUAGUCUUUAGUCUUUAGUCUUUAGUCUUUAGUCUUUAGUCUUUAGUCUUCAAUCUUUAGCCUUUAGCCUUUACUCUUUAGCCUUUAGCCUUUAAUCUUUAGCCUUUAGCCUUUACUCCUUAGCCUUUAUUGGUGAGGGAAUGCCUUUUUGCAAUGGAAUAAAGAAGAUCAUUCUCUUUUGUAAGUUAGUAACAGCAGUGGUUAGAACAGCAGUUAUUUAUAUCUAGCAUAGUCUUUGGCAAUAAAAGUUUAGUUAUAUUGUCUAAUUUAACUUGUUGUUGUAUUUACAUUUGCUUGCAGUGUUGUGAUGUUGAAAAAGUGGAGUUGCCAUCGUUUUAGACAUUGGUCCACAAUAGCCAAAAAAAUAUUUAUGAAAACUUAUUUUUCUGCUUUCAUGUUAAGGUCACAUAUCUUGAUGUGAGGUUUUCUAUACUAAAAAUAAAGAAAAUAUUAAAACAAAUUUCGGUACUGUGCAAUGUUUCGUUUUAUUUCUAUUCAAUGUCUCUCUUCCAUUUAGCCAACUAUGUAUCACUAUCAAAUACACACGUUUUUAUAAGAAUACUUAAUUUUUUGCUGAGUCUCAAGAUUCAUUAAAAAUUGUGAUUCUGUGCUUAAAAUCAUCCCUAAAUCAUAUUUAAGAAAAAAGGUCAAAUCUUUGCUACUUACUUUCGUCGUUACAAAAACAAUGUAGGAGGUAAAACAUGCAGCACAAUACAAGCUUUUCAAUUUUAUCAAUUUUCGAGCCUCAAUAUUCGUACAAAAUUAACUCUUAAAAACAGUGUGUAUAAGGAGUGAAGUAUUUGAAAUGAAAAACAACUAUAUUCAGCUGCUUGAAAAUCAACCUUAAGUGAAAUAUCACCCUGAUAUAUUAAGUUGGUCAAAAGCCUAGCUAGCAAAGAAUGCGAUUCUGAAAAGUUUUCAAAGUAGAAGUGAGGGCAUUCAGCAUCAACUUCUGUUUUUAAAAAAAGGCAAGAGGGACCGAGAGGGACUACUAAAUACGAAUAAAUAUCCAAAAACUGUUAUAACUGAUAACAACAAUAAAAGAAAUUAUAAGCAAAGCAUUUCUCUCAAAAGAUACCAGAGGAAUAAAAAAGCUAUAUAAAUUUGCAAUCAUAACUACAUUUAACUUCAUGAUGAGCAAACUGACUAAACAGGGUGUAGCUUUGUGGCUACAUAAGGUAUUCUGGAAACAAGGGCAUGGUCCUCCCUAUGGCAGGAAAAACUUGUUUCACUUUAGUAUAUACAGCAGAAACAUAUUAUUUCAUAAAGGAGAGAUGUUUUGAAAGCAAUAAAAGAAGCAAAGUGUCUUCUCAAAAAAAGAGUUUUAAAGAUGAUAAACGGAGUUUUAUCAAGCUUUCGAAUCCAGAAUAAGUCUAGAAGCUAAGUUAAUAGUGCCUCUGUAGAUUACUCAAAAUAAUGAUUUUGUAGAAGUUAGCCCCUGCCAAUGCAUGUCUACGAUACAUGACAUUAUUUCCUUUUGCCAGAGGUAUCAUUAGGUUAUUUCUGCACUUCAUUUAAAGGCUGAAAGGAAGUCAUACUUAGACAGAAAAUGGAGCAACUCUUUCUUCUCUCGAUCUUAUUACUUCUAUUUUAACUUGUCUGCAGUCACAAAAUUGUAUUGAAAAGGAAUACUGAUAUAUGCUCAGAAUAUUAGAAACGUGGCAUUCUAAUGCUGUUAAAACUCAAGCCUCUUGCUAGAUUGGUAAUAAGUGUUAUCAAGGCUUCUCUCAUUUAAUUUUCUAAUUGAUUACAACGUUGUUCAUCCCUUUCGUAGAAUAGGUAAGAUUAUCCCCAAUUCUCGGAUUCGAGCAAUUUGUAUCUUCAUAUUUGGCAAAAAUGGAUAACAGAAUUGGAACCUUCAUGUUGGUAGUCUGUGCCAAAAAAAUCAAAUUGUUUGGGCCGUCAGGCUGCGAAUUACCCCAUUUUCAAAUUUAGGUUUCUCUAUACAUUUCAAUGGAAUUUGUUGCUGGAAUUAAAAUUUUUUACUAUAAUCAUUUAUAUAUAAAUUUAUUUUGUACCGCACGCAUUUUGGUAUAUUGAUUAAAAACAGGUCUGCAAACAUAACAAGCUUUUGAUGAUCCCUUUGAGCAAGUACGUCCAGAUCCCUCCGCCAGGCACUGCACUGCCACUGCCUUCCAAGUAAUCCUAAUCUGCAGGUGCUGAGCCAUGCCUUUCGUCAUGAACUUGCGACAUUCCUGUGCCACUUACAAACAACGGCAAGCGAAUAAAUGCGGCCUAGACAUUGCUUAAUGCUGACUCAAAGUAGAUAAAGUAAAUAUUUUUCCAAAGAUGUUUACGAUAGGGAUUAGAGUGCAUGUUCAUUGCAAAAGAGGUCGAACUGAAAGAAAAUAAAGCGGAAAUUUGGCUGCCUGUCCACUGAAAAGCGAUCGUAAAUGAAGUACUUUUCGUUGUAACAGUGUCAGAUUUCAUCGUUCUUAAACUCAAUGGAAAAGUAAGGAGGCAUUUGUUGACUGCAGUAUAACUUGAGGAACUCGCCAUACUCCAUGAUACAAAGAGACAGUCAACUGUAAUAAGCAGAGAGCUGAUUGAGCUUCUUUGCAUCUCAAAGGAGGACUUCAUGGACAUUUUCAUGGCAUCAGGAGGUGUUAAAAACAUCAACGACCCAGAUCAUGCAGAAUUUAUCUCAAGCCUCGAAUUUCUUAAAGGAUGGCCAACCGAAGAGCUACCGAAAAAUCCAAAGAAAUGUUUGUUUAACUUUUUCAGGAGAGGUGCCGUGUUAGUCCGUGACAGCAAUUACUCAGACUGGAUAUAUGUUGUGAAAUCAGGAAGCUGCCAAGUCUUGAAAAAGCUGAAAAAAGUGAAAUCCCAAAUAGACCAGAAUACAAAGUUUACAGACAUAGGGAGCAGUUCUGAAUUAUCACUCGAGAGGCUACAUGACCUUGCUGUUGACAUGGCUCGCAAGAAACGGCAUAAUAUUCUGGACCGUCAUGCAACAGCUAUUCAGGCAGUGGCCUCCGCUCAAAGCAACAGUUUUCUAUUGGAAACAGAGAACUUGACCACCAACAAACCUCGCAACAUAACCAACUCAGCUAGCUACAGUAAAAAAUCAAAUCUCAAAUUUGCGGACGAAGACACUGACUCGAAUGAUGUUAAUCGAAGAUUCACUUCAAUCGACAGUUUCAGAUUGUCCGGACCUCUACGGAGGAGACCAAGUGAUCAAAAAUUAGUUCAACUGAAAAAUAAUAAAGACGAUAUAGAAAUUAAUGAUAGAUUUAGUAAUGAUAUUGGGAGAAGAAAGAAAACUGCAUCUGUAGACAUUCCUGACGGAGAGGUUUCUCUUCCUGCAGCAAAUGGUGCACUUUCCAUAAGCUCAAAACGACACAAAGGCAGUAAUUUUUAUAUGCAGACACCAUCGCCUUCGAAAAACAAAAGGAAUCUGGAAUCACCCCAGCAGAAACUUGCUAUUAUCGACGAAGCGGCAAAGAAACACGAGGAGACCGCCCAACUGACCGAAGCAGACAUGGACCCAUGCUUCGUGCAAGUUGCCGUCCUACAAAAAGGAGAUGUCUUCGGCUUGCAUUCGAUAUUCUGCGACAGCCAACCAAGUCUCAGUUUGGUAAGCAACGGUGCAGAGUGCAUAAUGGUUUCGAAGAAAUUCUACCUGGAACAUUGCACAGAAUCUUUGAAAGGAAAGCUGCGGAAAUGGGUAUCACCUUACCCUGAUGACACCGAGCUCCAGAGCAGUUUGCAAGAAAAAGUCAACUGGGACCAGUAUAGAGCCGCUACAUUUAAUGACGCUCUGCGAAACACUAGAACUCUUCGCCGUAUACGUGAUGCGACGGUUCUAUAGUGCAAUUUUAUGAUGUUAUGUUAGGGUAGGGGGGUUGGAGGGGGGACUAGUUUUGUAUUUUCAAGAAAGAGAUGCACGUGCAGGUAUACAGAUGCAUACUUAGGUAUGCCGAUACAUACGCAGGUAUGCAGAUGCACAUGCAUUUAUACAUAAUGAUAUGAUGAUGCAUGCUGCUCAUACAUCAAAGGUACAUUCAUAUUUCAUACCAUGAAACUGGAAUAAAAUAUUCUUCUUAUAUUUGCCAAAAUAAUUGCUUUAGCUGAGACUCAAAAAUUUUCAAUUGCUCGGAUCUGGGAUGGUAUUUACGAAAAUAUUGAGGCCUAUUUGAGACCUCGGUUUGGCGAUAUUUCUUUAAGUCGUUUAAGUACCUCACUAGCAGGGUUUGUUUUUUGCCCCUUUUCUAAUUUGGUAGCAAGUUGCGUGGGCACUUACCUUACGUUUCUUGCAAUAAGCUAAAAGUUGCGUCCAAAAAGCAAUUUCAAAUCAUAAUUGCAAGUUUAAAACAAUGAUAAAGAUUCACGUAAAUUUUCUUUAAUAUAUAGAGAGAAUAUAUUAUCCGAUUGAUGUCUUUAUAGAUUCCAUAGCAAACUGCUUGUGAAUAUUUGUUAUAUAAAAAAGAUUGAUGAAAUGAAUCGUAUAUAAGAAAAUUUGUCAUUUUCUAACAAUCAAUUCAAUAAAGUCACUGUCUUCUUCUCGUAACUCUUGGUAGCUUUGCAUUGCCUAAUGUCGUCUGAGAGUCAUUAAUUGAAGGGUCAACUCUCGUCUGAUUGUUUUUAAGACAUUUGUUGGGUUGUGCCCCUCCAUAGUUUGCUUAAGUCAGCUUGGAAUGCUAAUUGAUGUCGCGAUAUGCAGUUCUCUAUGUUUGUGUUCCACCCUUUGCACGCCUUAACAUGUUUCUGUAGUCUACGUCUACGACCCUGGUGAAAACUGGAGGGGGUCGACCCAUCUUCAUGCAACGAAAAAGGUUGGCUAGCAAUGAAUUUUGUGUUUCUUUUUCUUGCUUUUGAAGGUUUUUCUUUUUAAUCUUUGCAGUAUGCUAUCUGCUGACUUCACGUUUUGCUGACUUUAUGCACCUACAUCCCAUAGCUUUCCCCCCUUCUCCAAUUCAAUGUUGAUUUUGAUUUUCAAUGCAUGAUUUCGAAGCAAAAAUGAUAGAACUACAAAUCCAGCAUUGCUUCGAGGGAACAGGGGGGGGGGGGAUUCCGAUUUACAGGGGCAAGGUAAAGUAGAAAAUUACAAAAAUUGCAUUAUGUCUCAACAUUAUUGUCCGGGAUUGUAGACUCUUUCAUUUUUUUCCUCUCUUCAAAUUUUGAAAUAUUGUCUAUAAAAAUUGAAAAGGGUAGGAAUUUUUUUGAAAUGACUUGCAUUUUCAAGAGAUGCUUAACCGCCAUUUUGCUUAUAAUUAUUUUGAACGAAAAUCGCAAUAGAAGGUACAUUGAAAUAAAGAAGAAUUCGUUAAAAAAAGUUGCAUUAUUCCUUCGCAUAGCUCAAAAUAGUUUGCUUCUUUGAUUAUAGAAUUAUUUAAGCCUUGAUUUCCAAAUGUUUUAAAUAAGUGAGUAGACAUGCUAAACAAACGAAGUUUAUUUUCUGCAAUUUUUCUUAUUCAAAAUGUUUUGUACAUAGUGACAUUUUACGAAUCACUCGCUCCUACAUUUUGAUAAUCUAGAUGCAAAAAUACCACCAAUACACGUUUUUUUUAAAAGAAAGUUUUUUUCAGGGCAGCCCUCAGAUUUUCUUAGCUAUUUCCAGGGGCGGACUGGCUCCAAAUUUAGGGCCCGGGCAAUUCGUCGAGAAAGGGCCCCGAAAUUCAAAGUGAGUUUACGGGUAUCAUCGAAGUCUUUUGUGGCAACAUUUUUAAGGCUUGCUUAAGAGGCUAUUGGAAUAUUGCUAUUAGUUCUCAUUAGUUACCACUAUAUAAGUUAAGAAACUCCAGAUUCAACACAGCGGAGCCACAUUAAUAAUUAUAUGGAUUUAAUACCGUAUCAUACAGACGUAGCCAAAUACGAAAGUCAGUUCUAAACGAAAUAAAAUACUCAACAACUUUUCAUUGUUCAAUUGUACUUGUGGUAUUUGCAAGGAAUACAUUUGCAACAUCGGUUAUACUUGAUUUAUUCUUAGCGUUGGUAAUUUAAAUUGGGGGCUCUAUAACCCUUUAAUUGGGUGCGCGUCAUUUUCACUGUA